CUGGGCGUCUGGCCAAUCAUAUGGCUAGAAUUGAAAUCGAGUUUCGGUUUCGUCCAAUCAAAUCCGGGUUUACACGAAAAGUCAAGCCGGUAUUGGUUGGAAUUUCUUUUCUAAGCGGUGCUUUUCGUUCAGCCUCCUUGUCUGCAUGUUCGGAAGCUGCUUGCAGUGUUUUGGGGAAAAGCAAAGCAAAGCAAAGGAGAAGGAGAAAAAAAAAAAAAACAACAAACAGCCUGUGGAGUGAACGCGUGCUUCUUUUUUUUUUGUUUUCAAUUAUUUCAAGAGCGUCAAAUGAACGAAGGGACAAUAAUACCCGCGUCGGAAAUGCUUUAUUAUUCUUAUUUUUUAAAUGUAUUUAUUUAUUUAUUUGUGUCCAAGCCACACACUGGUGCAUUGAGUGAGCUGUGUGGUCUGCUCUCUCUUAUCUGUCUGCAUUGAGAGGAGGGGGGAAAAAGAAGAAAAGGAAAAAAAGAAGAGCGUUGAAUAAAAAAAUGCGGCGCUGAUCUUGAAUGAAAUCGGUCGGAACCCCCCCAUGAAAACGAGUCAAUGCUCAUUUCCUGCUGGAUUCCUUUCUUUCUUUCCUUUUUGACCGCUCGUGCAUUCUUCCUCUUCGUGUUACACUGUUGCAUUUUUUUUUCUUGAAGUGGUCAUGCCUUUUGUCUUUUUAUUCGGAAACGUUGCGCGGAGCCAUUUCACGAUGAGGCUCGACUAACACACACACACACACGUUGACUCACACUCACACAUUGACACACACACACACACACACAACGGAGUUUAAAAUGAGGAAGCAUUUUUUUAAAGAUACUAAAAAGAUCGAGGCCUCGUCGUCAGAAGGGCCCGGUUUGCCCGAGGAAAGGAGAAGAGGGAGAGACACCGAAUAAAGAAAGAGAAAAGGAAAGAAGGGAAAAAAUGAACCACGCGUACGAGCAAACACGGACAGCACCAACGACGGAGGUGUGUGCGUGCGCGCGCGCGACUUUCCCCAUCGAGCCGAACAAAAUGAAGCACUUCGACUCGUGAACGUCAGUUUAAUUGUGUUUCAAGAAUAAAACAACAGCAACAAUAAUAAUAUUAAUAAACCCGAAUUUUUUUUCUUACUUUGUUCUUUUUUUUUUUUUUUUUUUUUUUGCAAGACCUCGUUCCAUUGCAUUGAGUUUUCUUUUAAAUGGUUGCGCUUUUUUUUAUUUAAUCUUUUUUUUAUCCGGAUCCUGCGUUCAUAUUGUUCAAUGGAAGUAUGUUAUCAGUUACCGGUGUUGCCUCUGGAUAGGCCGGUUCCCAAGCAUGUGCUAAGCCGAAGAGGAGCGAUCAGCUUCAGCUCCAGCUCCUCUCUGUUCGGGGCUCCGGACCCGCGGCAGCUGGCGCAGAGACGCGGCGCAAUCUCUUACGACAGUUCUGAUCAAACUGCUCUGUAUAUUCGUAUGCUAGGGGCUUGUGUAAUAUUCAAACAGCUGUUUUCAAGAGAUGUGAGAGUGAGGAGCCAGGUAGGAUUUGAACCCGAACGGAGAGGCUCACACCCGUACCUGGGUGUCGAUUUCCGCACUUUGCACUCCCGUGCCGAGUCAGCGGGAUCGAUUCCAGCUCGAAGGAUCCGCAGGUUUUUCAGUUUCCAGCGUCACCUCCUGUCGUCUCGGUUACUGCGGGGAGCUCCGCACCUGAACCCUCUGCACAUCUUAGAUGAAGAUUACUGCGGACAGGCCAAGUGUAUGCUGGAAAAGGUUGGAAGCUGGAAUUUUGAUAUUUUCCUCUUCGACAGACUGACAAAUGGAAGCAGUCUCAUCUACUUGACCUUAUAUCUUCUUAACCAUUACGGCUUAAUUGAGCUCUUCCAGUUAGACAUGGUUAAAGUACGACGUUUUUUAGUAUUGGUUCAGGAGGAUUACCACAAUCACAACCCGUACCAUAACUCUGUCCAUGCUGCUGACGUGACCCAGGCCAUGCACUGUUACCUGAAGGAGCCCAAGCUUGCCAAGUCUCUCACUUCCUGUGAUAUCCUCUUGGGCCUGCUGGCAGCAGCCACUCAUGACCUGGACCACCCUGGGGUCAAUCAGCCUUUCCUCAUCAAAACCAACCAUUACCUAGCCUCUCUGUACAGGAAUACCUCAGUUCUGGAGAACCAUCAUUGGAGGUCCGCAGUGGGUUUGCUACGAGAGACCGAGCUCUUCUCCCAUCUUCCUGCAGAGGACAGUGUGAACAUGGAGAGACAAUUGGGGUCUCUGAUUCUGGCUACAGAUAUCAGCAGGCAGAAUGAAUACUUGUCCAGGUUCAGGACACACCUGGACCAAGAGGAGCUGUGUCUGGGAAACGCCUCUCACCGCCACUUCAUCCUGCAGAUGGCCCUGAAGUGUGCAGACAUCUGUAACCCAUGUAGGCCUUGGGAACUCAGCAAGCAGUGGAGUGAAAAGGUGACUGAGGAAUUCUUCCACCAAGGAGACAUAGAGAAAAAGCACAAACUGGAAGUGAGCCCCCUGUGUGACAGCGACACCAACUCCAUAGCGGAUGUUCAGAUCGGUUUCAUGACUUACGUCGUGGAGCCGCUGUUUGCCGAGUGGGCUCGUUUUUCGGACACGCGUCUCUCUCAGACCAUGCUGGGUCACCUGUGCCUGAACAAAGCCAGCUGGAAGGCCUUGCAGCCCGAGGAGGCCGAAUUCGAGCAGGACAGCGGCUCCAGAGCCUUACCUCAGGGAAGCGUCGAGUCCUGACACUGCCUCGCCCCACCCCGUCCAACCUCAAGCUUCAAUCACUUUGAUUUGCUCACCUCCCAUUUCAAACCAACCACUGAUUUAUUUAAUUUAUUUAAUUUUAACACCCUUUUUAAUUUUUUUUCCUUUGACAUAGAGCAAUACAUGGAUACCUCAUUCAGCUACUGCUGCGAUUUUCAUUCUUACUCUUACACACAUUUUAUUUUUUUUUAAAGUCAUUUUAUUUAUUAAAUUUUUUGAGGGGUUUUUGGUCCGUUUUCAUCCUUCGGUGUGCGGAACGUCGCCGAACCAUUUCGGCUCGGGGCUGGGGAACGCUGAUCCCGACGGAUCCCUUUUACUGGGUCAAAAGUGCCAUUUCCCCCCACAUCCCCCAAAACCCCACCCCUUACGGACUUGCUCAAACACCAAGAGUAUUCCCGUGACAUGUUUUUAAACAACUGCACCAAGAGACGGUGAGUGUGUGCAUGCGCGCACGUGUGUGUGUGUGUGUGUGUGUGUGUGUGUGUGUGUGUGUGUGUGUGUUGGUGCAUUUUGCAAACAAAUCUUCUUCCUUCUUGUGUACAAACCUGAAAGAGAAAAAAAAGACAAAUGUGAAGAGCCCAGUCAUUUGCUGCCUCUACGAAGACUGUUUACAGAUUGUCUUUUUUUGUUGUCGUCAUUAUAAAUGAAUCAUGUUGGUUCUGUUCGUUGUUAUUUUUUUAUUUUAUUUUUUUUGCCUUGAAGCACAGAUGUGAAGAACCACUUUUACAUGUUUUGAACUGUUGUGUUACUGCUGAUGUACUGAACAAAAAAAAAAAAAAAAGAAAGAAAAAGAAAAAAAAUUUACCAAGGGACUGCACUCGAGUCAGUCAGAAAUGCCAGAUGCCAUACAAGCGCCAUUUUGUGCUCCGUUGUGAAAUGUUCUCCCUGCACUCCAGAUUCUGGUGCCACGUGAUUCGAACAUGCAGCUGCUUCUGCUGUGAAAAGACCAGGGCCCGGCUUUCCUCCCUCCCCUCCUGAUCUUCUCCAUCCAUCUCCACUUCACACAAUCAUCCUCCCCUCAUCCUGAUCUUCUCUUUCUCCUUGAUCACUUAACAAAUUCAUCCUCACUUUAUUACUGAUCUUCUCCACCUGACCCUCUAUUUCUCCUCCAUCACUCCACUCCACGCACUCAUUCUCCUUUCCCUUCUGAUCUUCUCCACUUGAACCUCACGCUCUCCUCCAUCCCUCUACUCACUCAUCCUUCUUUCCCUCUUGAUCUUUUCCAUCAAUCCAAACACACAUUCUCCCUACAUUCCUGAUCUUUUCACCUGAACCCCUCUUUUUCCUCAAUCACUCCACACACUCAUCCUCACUUCAUUACUUAUCUUUUCUACCUGAUCCUCAUUUUCUCCUCCAUCACUACACAUAUUCAUCCUUCCUUCAUUACUGAUCUUCUCCACCCAAUCCUCUCUUUCUCCUCCAUCCUGCCACCCACUAAUCCUCCCUUUCCUCACCAUCACUCCACCUGUUGCUCCUUCUUUCCCAUUUUAUCUCCACCAUUUUAUCCUUUUAUUCUCCUCCAUCUUCUUUCCUCUUUUCUUCCCCCAACUAUAAAUUCCCACUUUCCCAUCAGUCACUCCUUGCAGAUUUUCUCUUUUCUCACUCCACUCAUUUUCUCCUCCUGAGCCCUGGAUCGAGCCUUCGUGCCACACAGGACAUGUAGCUGACCGGAAUCUCCACGGAUCUCGCUCAGGGUCUCACAAACCUGCUCAUCACUCCGCUGGAAGAAAAGAGGAAGAGAAAGGUGCCUUUUAUAGGUAGCUGUCCCCUCCCCUGUCGUCUGGUAAGCGCAGACGUCAGAUGUAGAUCUAGACUCCCUUUCAGAAUGUGUCUCGACCGCAGUCGAGCUCCACCCGGAAGAACGCUUCAAAAACGAUGCCUUAAAACUAUGCACAAAGCUAAGUGACCAAACCAGCUUGUAUUUUCAUUAAAGCGCAUCAUCACCUCUGUUUGAUUCUCGUCCAGCCCUUAGUCUUCUGUCAUGGGAGAAAUUUCUUUUAAAUAUUAAUAUAUGGCUGAUGAAUUGAUUUAAUAAUUAGUUGGAGUUUUUUUUUUUUUUAACUUUGAGCAUUCCAUUUUCUUGUUUUUUGUUUUGUUUUACUCUGUACAGAUGUGCAGUUGUGAUUUUUUUUUUUUUUUGCGCAUCUCUUUCUAGUUUGAAAGAGAGCAGGUGCUUUCCCCCCCUUUUUAUUUUAGCUAAUUUGUAUUUUUGUUGUAAGUGCUGUAAGACUGUUGAUAAUUUAAAAAAAAAAAAAAAAAAAAAAAAACCUGUUUACAAUUUGUUGUAACAGCCAUUUUGGGGAGAAGACUUACAUGUCAAGCCAUUUUGUAAAGGCUUUGUCGUACAGACUUUUUGAUACAUGCUUGUUGCAGUUGCAUUUUUGAUGAAUAAAAAUGUUUGACAUGAUGUUUCAUGGUACAGAA